AUGCCCGGAGUGGAAGUGAUGGGCGCAUCGGUGGAUUCAACACGGCAGCCGCUCUUGAGGUCCCACAAGGCGCUGCCGCGGAGGGGUAUCACGAUCCCCAACGGUGAUCUUGCCCAACCGGUCUCCCCGGACCAGAAUGGCACUGUCACUGCGGCACCGGCCCCUCCGUUGACUCCGCCCGGUGCGAACCAGGAAGAAGAUAUGGAGGACGACCGCUCGCUGCGCAAGACCGACUCCAUCUCUGAGAGCCACACUGCGGGCAUGUUGACGCCUCGACGGCCCUCGAAACCUCCAACGCCCGAUGUCACACCACCUCGCACGAAAUCUGCCAAGCGACCGACCCUCAACAACUUAGUACACCUGUCCUCUUCAUCUCGCGCCGAGUCCUUCCAGACGGCCUGCGAGAGUAUCUCGUCAGAUGGUGGCAUGGAAACUCCGGGUCGUUCAUCCUCGAUCGCGUCUCAAAAGAUCAGACAAAGGGUGCCUUCGACCCGGCGAAAUGUGUCGAAUGGAAUUCGCGCGAAACUGACAUAUGCCAAAGAAUCGCCGCAUACUACCUCCCAGCCCCACAGCGAAACGGAAUAUGAAACAGGCUUCGAAUCGUUCGACGGAGAAUGGACGUCCACGCAGACCGACGGAUCUCCAACACCACUGGCUGAAAAGCGGAAAGGCUUGGAGACGCGUAAUCGAGCUGGUCAGCAACAGGCUGCGGAUAAGGACACGCUGGACGUGCAACAUCUGGAUGCCUCGUUGAUGCGUGAAAAGACUCUACGGAACCGGGUCCAACAUACUCACGACCUGACUGCCACUCCAUCGAUGGAACGGUUUCGUGAAGAUAUUGGCUGGCCAUCCUACGAGGGGCCAUCAAAGAUGGAUCAAGAUCCGGAAUCUCGCCGAUUGUCAGGCAUAUCUUCGACAUCCACCGUCGAAGCCAUGAUUAUUGACUCCCCGAAACAAGCACAGCGGUUCCUGCGACACACGGAGAAGAGAAACUCACUGCGCUCAGCAAGCUCCCCAAUCACGAAGUCUGAGCGUACGUCGACCAUCUCUAAUGCCGAUUCGCAGCAUCGCCUGACCCACAAGGCUGCUCGUAUCUCUGAACAUGAUCGCCGCAGCAUCUCAUCAGAUGUCUCUUUCUCGGUCCGAACAGCCAGCAGUGCACCUCAACCCUUCGUUGACAGGAUUCCCGUGGUGGUUGUGCCGGAAAGAAAAUCCUCCUUGCGAUCAGGACCCAAUAGCCAAGUAUCCUCCAGACAUGGCUCUCAGCGGUCUAACCGGCGUCCUCCUGUGACCUCCAGCAGCUCUGCAGAUGCCCCACAGCGAAAGAAGCGAACCAUGUCUGACUCCUUGCCUGCAUGUUCCCGAGACUCGGACUCGAGGGGUCGUCCCUUUGGUCGACCCGUCAUUCCGCCUCGUAGUUCGUCGCUCUCUGCACCCACGAGCCGAACCAACUCUCGCACCACGUCUCUCACAUCGGAAAGUCUGCGAAGUCAUACAUUAGCCAUGGACCUUCAGAUGCAGAAGCGUCGCGAUCAACAGCCUGUCUCCCCUCCACGCCACAAUGUUUUGGGAGGCAAUGCCAUGAAACUCCUGGAGCCUCCCAACUUGCCGGGGCUGGUGGUCAGCUCAUCGGAGGAUAUGGCGACCCUGCGGCCUCCGUCUUUACCCUAUACCCAGUGGUCAAUACCGUCUUCUUCGCCCGGACCCGUGGAGAUUCGGGAGGCCAAGGCCGUUAGCCUGUUUCCGCAUAACAAUCGAUCGCUCCUUUUGGUUGAUCAGCGAGUGCCGGGUGAAUCGCAACUGGUUCAAGUAUUCCAGAACGGGGUCCCAGAUCGUGGAGACAUUCCCCGGACGCCAGAUGCACCCAUCGAUGCAGCACUUUUGCAGGUAGACUCUCCGUUGAAGAAUCCCCGCCCUCCGCCCAAGCCUCCUAUCUCCAAACCUCUUCCGCCGGUUCCAGCACAGGACGAAAACGUGGAUGCUCGCCAAGAUGGCGAUGGGCGUGUUCCCAGUCGAUGGGGCUCUGUUCGCCGAACGUGGGCUGCGCGACCUCGAUCAGAUUCCUUCAAUACCGUUGUGCGAUCCCUUUCGAUGCGAUCAGCGAAGAACAGGACAGCGGGAAUGGAGAUGGACAGUCGUCUUCAUCCUUUCUGGCGCCCGCGUGGGUUCUGGGAUGAUAUCCCAGUGUCUCCAAUCAAAGACCGUUCAGGUCGUCAAAGCCCCGAGAAACAGGACGAGUCAAUUGUGGUCAACAACUCACUCGGCCUCCCCCAGCAGCGACUCAUCAUCGAAGGUCCUCCCGCCCUCGCGCGACGCAGUCCUGAGAUAAGACGAUUGUUCAAUGCCAGUCACGCCAGUCUGGUUCGCAACGGAUCCUCAUUGUACCAAACCCGCUACCAAGUGCUUUCCCUCUCCCGAUGGGGACAGCGUUUUCGAUCGAUGUCGUUGCGCAACAUGCGUGCCCGUCUGCGCCGCAUGCACCAGCGACGCGACGAGAGAAAGCGAGCCGCACGCCGCGAUAAUCUCAAGCAGAGCAUCGGCAUCCCCGUCUACGUGGCGUCCAGCGCCACCAAUGAGGUUGUGCGGUGA